AUGCCCCUACUAAUCCACGCGUCCGUGCCUCUCCCCUCCCCCUCCCUCUCCGCGCCUCCAGCCACAUGCCCCGCUGGCGUGGUCUGCCUGACAGGAGCUUUCUGCGUGGUGGAGAGCGGCGGCUUCCCCUUUUGCAAGUGCCUCACCGAGCAGGCCAUAGUCAACGGCGCGUGCUUGGAUGCCGUGAGAUGGAAGACGGUCGCCACGAGCGUCGUGAUCUACAACGCCGCCUCCUUCCCCAACUCGCCUGCCACGCUCGCGCCGGCCGUGCUGCGCGCGCCAGCACCCAACUCGUCGGCGUGCACGGUGGUGCCGAAGGGGUUUAACGGCACGGUGGGGUCGCUGCGGAUCAUGUGGAAUGUGAAUGACGGCGCGAAAGACCACCUGGUGUGCGGCAAGCUCGUGUUCUGGGACCGGCCCGACUGCUCCGGCUCCUCUUCGGUGUUUGAGAUUCCCGGCAAGUGGACGGCCGCCAAGGCCGACAAGUUCAACUACGCCACCACCAGCGUCAAGCUGGUGCCACGGAGUGCAGGAAGGCAGCGGGCGUGGUGGCGACGGGCAGGUCCUUCUCGUGUCUGGCGGCCGUGA